AUGAAUGUCGAAAAUAAUCUUACGGCACACAAAGAGAGGCAACACGUGAAGGACGGCGACGGCGACGGCGGCGGCGAGACGAUCACCAUACACACCAACUUUGGAGAUGAAGACGAGGAUGUGCACAAAUGCGGCCGCUGUCAGAAUGAGUUUUCCACUUUGGAGGCUUUUAUUCAACAUAAACUCCGUCACGACUGCAGACGUGAGACAAGCCGUCAAGUCGAAGAGCAAAUGGUGGAGACUACCGACGGAGGCGCGCUGCCAGAAGCCGUCUCCGGUGAGCCGGAGAGCACCGAUAUAAAUGACGGUAAGUCGAACGCCGGCGUGUUGGGCCGAGGCUGCAGAAGGAAGAACGCCUCUCUAAAAGUGUCGGAGCGGUCCGAAGUUCCCGCCGACGCCGACAAGCCCGUUUACAAAGUCAACGUAGAUGGACGAUACCUAUGCCAGCUCUGUGACAAGACCUUCAAAACGAGCAACAUCUUGAAAACGCACAUGAAGACUCACAGCGAUCAGAAGAACUUUGCUUGCGAACUAUGCGGCAACUCCUUCCGCACCAAAGGCUCCUUGAUUCGUCACAACCGCCGUCACUCCGACGAGCGGCCGUACCAGUGCGCGCUGUGCGGCCAGUCUUUCCGAGAGUCGGGAGCCCUCACCAGACACCUCAAGUCCCUCACGCCCUGCACUGAGAAGAUCCGUUUUUUUCAGUGCAAGGAGAUUCUGGUGAGCAAGGAUGGAAUGAAGAAAGGUAUUCAAAGAGAACCAACGCCGGCAGAGGACGCCCGGUGCGCGGCGGCGGCGGACGAGCGGCCGCCGGAGGAGCAAACGGCCGUGGUCGGUUUGGUGGAAGCCGGUUCCCGAGAGGUCCUCCACCAGGUCCGCUUCACCGUGGAGGUGGACGGCACCACGCAAGAGCAACAGGUGAUGGUGGAUCAGUCCCAAGCGGAAGCCCUCGCCGAGGCCGCCGCCGCGGGCGAUAACCUCAUCUGCCAAGCCAUCCUCAACUCCGGCAUCGCCCUGAGGACGGAGGAAGCCCCGCGCGCCGAGGACGAACUAGAGAAAAUGGUGGUGGAGUGUCCCGGUGACGAGAUCCAAGUGAAAGAGGAGUUGGUGGAAGCGGUGGCGCCGGAAAGAGCCUCCAAAUUGUACACGUGUCCACAUUGUAAACGCUCUUUUAAGGGAUUGAACUACUUCCGCUUCCAUGUCAAAGGCCAUUUAGGCUACAAGCCCUUCAAGUGCACCUUGUGUCAGAGGGACUUCCUCAGCGGGUACCUGCUGAAAAAGCACAUGGACGCUCACGUUAGCGAGAGGCGCUACAAAUGCGGCGAGUGCGGCAAGCUGUACAAAACGGUGGGACACGUCCGGGAACACAUGAGGGCGCAUUCGGACGAAAGGCCGUACCACUGCGCCAGAUGCAAGAAAUCCUACAAAACCAAGAACGCACUUCAGGUGCAUCAGCGGACGCACGGCGACGAGAAACCCUACGUGUGCCAGUUCUGUUUCCGGGGCUUUCGGGAGAAAGGCUCGCUGGUGCGCCACACCCGCCACCACACGGGCGAAAAGCCCUUCAAGUGCCCCAAGUGCGGCCGGGGAUUCGCCGAGCACGGCACGCUCAAUCGACACGUGCGCGCUAAAGGGGGCUGUCAGAAGGACGACUCCAACAAGCAGCAGCAGCAGCAGCAGGAGCGAGAGGAAGCGGUGGUCGCCGAGGAGCAAGUUUCUACGGACGACGUGCCCGCGACGGCAAUCGUCACCGAAGACCCUCACGCGGUGCUGGUGGAGUUCUCUUCUGUGGUGGCGGAUACGCAGGAGUACAUUAUCAAGACCCAAACGGACGAGGUGCGCGAAGAAGAGGUGACGUUCAUUCAGGACGGCCAAAGUGAGAUGGAGGAGCACAUCGUGCAAGUGGUGCAGCAAAUCGUCAGCCGGUCGCACGGCGGCCACCAGAUCAUCCUGCGCAACGUCCGGGGCGGCGAGGAAGGCGCGUCCAUCGUGGACUGCGGCGACACCAUCACCAUCGCCACGCCCGAGAGCCUGACGGAGCAGGUGGCCGUGACGCUGGCCUCUGCCAUCGGCGACGGCACGCUGCUGGCCGAGGCCGUGGAGACGGCGCGGGGGACGGUCGCCGUGGUGACCGCCGAGGAGGCCGUCCAGCGGGAGGAGUACGUGGUGACCACGCCGCAAGAGGUGGAGAUCCGGACCGUCGUCGUGUGA